GCAUGGUAAUUGCAUUUUUUCUUCUUGAAUAUCUUCAUAAAAUUAAAUAUUCAGGAGUUUCUGAAUGCCCGUCCUUCUGACUCAUAAACCAACUCAUUGUUCAACACCAGUGUAGCAGUGGGGUGAAGUUCUAUUCCCCAUGAGUUCAUCUUGGUGUGACUUCUGAAAUGGCCAGCAAAAGAACAGGGUGGGUGAGGGACACCUGUGCCCGCUUUAAUUUGGUGUGUUGUUCUGUUUGCAGGGCUGUUGAAGCCACUGGAGGGAAGGUAACACUGCCCACCCCUCUCCGGGGAGGGGCCCCUUCUGGCCAUGUCUCCUGCAGCAGCUGAACCAGAUGGGGUCCAGCGAGACAGGCAUGUCAGCAUGCUCAUCUUCUUCCUUUUCGUCUUUGGUGCCAUCCUGCUGUUUGUGGGGGUCCUGCUCUCCAUCUUUGGGUUCCAGGCAUGCCAAUACAAACCCCACCCAGACUGCAGCCUGGUGCUGAAGGUCGCUGGGCCUGCGUGUGCCGCAGUUGGACUUGGGGCUGUGAUCCUGGCCCGCUCUCGGGCACUCCUUCAGUUCCGGCAGGGGCGCCGUCGGGGCAACCGGGCGGACCCCGACCGGCCCUUCAUCUGCGGAGAGAGCCGCCAGUUUGCCCAGUGCCUCAUCUUUGGAUUUCUGUUCUUGACCAGCGGCAUGCUCAUUAGCAUAUUGGGCAUUUGGGUCCCUGGCUGUGGCUCAGACUGGGAGCAGGAACCACUGAAUGAGACAGACACUGCCAACGAGGAGCCCCAGAUCUGUGGAUUCCUGUCCCUGCAGAUCAUGGGACCCUUGAUUGUGCUCAUGGGACUGUGUUUCUUCGUGGUCGCCCAUGUUAAGAAGAGAAACAACUUGAACGAGGGCCAGAAUGCCUCUGAAAGCGAAGAGAGACAGACCCAGAACACGGAGCCUGUGCAGGUCACUGUAGGUGAUGCCGUGAUCAUAUUCCCGCCCCCUCCGCCUCCUUACUUUCCUGAGUCUUCAGCUUCUGCCGUGACCAGAAGUCCUGGAGCAGACAGUUUGCUUCCAAAUGAAAAUCCGCCUUCAUAUUACAGUAUUUUUAACUAUGGGACCCCAGCUCCUGAGGGCCAAGGCACAGCCCCUGAGAGAGAGCGUGUAUCCAUCUACACCAUUUCGGGGACUCCUUCAUCCUCUGAGACCUCCCACACGCCACAUCUCUCGUCUGAAUUGCCUCCCAGAUACGAAGAGAAAGAAUCUGCUGCAGCCGCAUCCUUGUCUCCCUCUUCUCAGCCUUCCCCACCAUGAACUAGUGACUCUGGUUCAAUUUUAUAUAGAACCGAUCACUAUUUUAUUUAAUUUGUUUUUUAAUAAAAAGUACAAUAGCA